GCCUGGCAACCAGGAGUCAGUUGGGCUGAGGCCCUGAGCUCCAACUGUCAGAAGGGGCUGGAGGCUGAGGUGCUGUCUUUCUCUGAAGGCCUCACAAUCCUCCUGUGGCCUGCAAUGCCUUUGCCGAAGUACUGCAGUGUGGCUACAACCCUGCAGGCCCCUGGCUGGGGCUAUGCUGCCCUACGUGGGGACCUCUCCUUUGCCUGCCCCUUUGCCCACAGAGCACCUGGGCUCCCCACGUCCCAUGCUUUUACAAGGUAUUCUUCAUAUCACCCAUCUCUCCACAUUGCUGACCCAGCCUGGCAAGGCCCUGGCUGGCUGGGAAGAGUUAGAGAUGCUGCUAACACCUGGGUCCUGGCAAGGAGGGAACCAGAUGGCUUUUAUUACCAGGCUCAGAUAAAGGCUGCUCCAGAGCUGGAGAGUCAGGGGGUCCUGCUUGUGGAAUUUGAGUCUGCCCUUACCACAAGCCCAAAGCUGCCAGGCCAGAGGCAGAGCGUGGUCCCCGAAGAAGAUGUUGUUCAGCUCUCACCAUUUGUAGAAUAUUCACUGCGACCUGGGGACAAGGUGCUGGCAGCAUGGGAGCCAGGCGGACAGCAGUAUGGACCUGGCACUGUUCUCUUGGGCUCAGAGAUGCGAGGCAUUCAGCAAGCGUCGAAGGAAGCGGAAGUUACUGUUCACUUCUGGAAUGGCAAGACAGCUCAGGUGCCUCUAGGUGGGGUCAGGUGGGUGCCCCCCACUGUCUGGAAGAAGGCCGUGGAGAGGCUGAGCAAGCCUGGCGCCAGCGAGCACCCCAGUGCCCUCCUGUGCGCCCCUUGCUGCACUCUGCUGGGGACAGUCAGUGGAGGCAUUGCCAACAGGCUUCCUUCAGACACCGUAUUCCUGUGCCCUCCCUGCCACCCCCAUGCCUGCUGCCAGCUGUUGUGCCAGGGCUACUGCUGUCCCUUGAUGGGUCCCACCUGGUGGCCUCUUACUAGGACCUCAGAUGUCACAGCCAGAGAACUCCCAGAGUCAGAGCUGAAGCCCGCAGCACAGCUUUUGCCCCUGGAAGGCCCUAAAGAGGAGGCAGGAGCAGUGCACGCUCUCCCCGUUGUUUCUUCCUCUUCCUCCUCCUCCUCGUGUGAAGAAGAUUUGGAGGCUAACCUGGAAGUGGGCCUUCCCCAGAGACAGAUGGCGGACAGCGCAGUCAACACUGACCCCCUCCUCCCCGAGAGGCCUCUGAUGCAGAGCGGCCCCCGCCAGCCCGAGUGGAGGUACUGGAGGAGGAAUGGGCCGGAGCCCCGUCCUGGAAAGCCAGGAAUAAAAUGUCACAACAUCCAGAAAGAAGAUGACAACAAACAAGAGAUACAAACUGCAGUAGUGGGGACACCCAAGGAACUAGCUCUGAAAGCAACCAAAAAGCCACUGAAGACCCUGCUACUGGGAGCUGAAUACAGAAAAAUGGGUCCGGGUAUCAUAAGGUAUGAGCGGGACCAGAAUUCACCCAACAGGAAAAGCCCCGAGGAUCUAGGAAAUGAAAGGAUAACGACAGUAAAUAUUUGAAGGUUACACAGAGUGGCUGACAUGGCCUUUAAUGCAGACGUAGCACACACACCAGAAGCGAGAAACAAAUAAACACCUACAUCUUCAUCCCUUUAUGACCUCCUGUAGAUGGGCAGCAGGAAGGCAGCUACAGGAGCUGGUGGACCUGUCCCGGCAGUCCUGGCCAAGGGCUCGGUGACUGCUCAACAUCUAUUCCACAGAAGCCAGUGCGUGGUCAGCCAGCUGUGGGAAAAUGUGUCCAUGGCCCCUCUGCCAUCUUUUCAUAAAGCCUACAGUUGUACAUGGAGAUACUGU